CUACCAUUCCCUGUUGGUAUUGGACUCGGGGAGUCCUGUAGUGCAGACCUGGGAGCGGAAGACAAGGCGGUUGUCGCGGGGACUAGAAAACUCCGGAGUCGCAGUCUCCGCAUAGCGCAACCUGGGAAAGUCAGCAGUCUGCAGGGUAGUGGCGGGAACCGCAGCCCGGAGGCCCUGGAACCUCCUAGCCGGUGGUGUGACUGUGGACUUCUCCCAGGAGGAGGGGCAAUGCCUGGUCCCUGGGCCCUGAGGGCUUUGUGCUGGCACUGGAUGUUGCAGAAUUGCAGCGGUCUGCUUUCUGUGGGGCUCUCUGAUCACCCAGACCUGCUCACCUAUACAGCAGAACAAAGGGCCUGGAAGGAGAGGAAACAGCAGCUAAGUAUGCAGGGUCUAUUGACAUUUAGGGAUGUGACUGUGAACUUCUCAAACGAGGAGUGGGAAUACCUGAAUUCUUCUCAGAGGGCUUUGUACAUUGAUGUGAUGUUGGAGAAUUACAACAACCUGGUCUCUGUGGAGAAUCACUGCAAAUUUGAUCCCGCCCAUCAACAUGUGAAAACUGUAAAAGAGUCUUGUCAGUGUAAUGAGCUUGGCAAAGUGCUUCAUGACCCCUCCACAUGUGCACUUUAUAGAACAAGUGAAACUACAGAAAACUCUAAUAACUAUAGAUGCAGUAAUCACAGGGAUGCCUCUGUUGACUCAUCAAACCUAGAUACACAUGAAAGCUUGCACACUGGUGAAGAAUCUUGCAAAUCUAAAGACUAUGAUAAAUCUAUAAAUUUGUAUUUCAACAUUACUCAAGAACAGAGACUCUACACUGCAAAGAAAGAGCACAAACAGGUAGAAUAUGAUAACUAUUUCAGCUCUGCAUACAGUCUUUUGCAACAACCAAUCAUUACAGAGACACCACACCAGUGUGAAGAAUGCCAGAAAUGCCUCAGGACUGCCUCAUACCUCACUGUACACCAGAGACUUCAUAGUAGAAUGAAACCAUACAAGUGCAUCAUUUGUGAAAAAUCCUUUAUCCAGAGUUCAAGGCUUAAAAUACAUCAAAGACUUCAUGCUGGUGAAAAUCCUUACAAAUGCAAAGAAUGUGGAAAGUCAUUUCAUCACUUGUCAGCAUUUCAUAGACAUCAGAAUUUGCAUACUGGAGAAAAAUGUUACAAAUGCAAGGGAUGUGAUAAAUCCUUGGCUUACUGGUACACUUUCAAGAAACAUCAGAAAAUACAUGCUGCUCAGUGGCAACAUAAUUGUCAAGAAUAUGGCAAGGUCUUUCGUCAGUUUUCUCAGAUUAAAAGACAUCACACACUUCAUACUGGACAGAAACCUUGCAAAUGUAAGGAAUGUGACAAAUCCUUUGCCCACUGGUUCACUUUCAAGAAACAUCACAAAAUGCAUGCUACUAGGAGACACUAUAGUUGUCAAGAAUGUGGUAAAGUCUUUCAUCAGCUUUUGCACUUUAAAAGCCAUUACAGACUCCACACUGGAGAGAAGCUUUUCAAGUGCAAUGAGUGUGACCGAUCUUUUCUCCACUAUUCAUCAUUGAGUAGGCAUCAGAAAACUCAUUCUCUAGAGCAGUUUCACAAAUGCAAAGAAUGUGGUAAGUCAUUUCUUGAAUUAUCACUUCUUAAAAGGCAUUACAGGAUCCAUACUGGUGAAAAACCUUACAAAUGUGAGGUCUGUGACAAAUCCUUUACCUGGGACUCAACCCUUAGAAGACAUCAGAAAAUUCAUACUGGAGAGAAACCGUACAAAUGUUUGGAAUGUGACAAGUACUUUACUCUACACUCAUAUCUUAUAGCACAUCAGAAAAUGCAUAUUGAAGAGAAACUUCCUAAAUGCAAAGACUGUGACAUAUCCUUUAUCCAUAUUGCAGGUCUCAGAAAACAUCAGAGUGUUCAUACUGGAGACAGACCUUACAAAUGUCUGAAAUGUGACAGAUCCUUUACCCACAUGUCAAAUCUUAGAACACAUCAAAGAGUUCAUACUGGAGAGAGACCUUACAGUUGUCAGGAAUGUAACAAAUCUUUUGUCCAUUCUAAUGGUUUAAGAAAACAUCUGCAAAUUCACACUGGAGAGAAACGUCAUAAAUGCAAAGACUGUGGUAAAUCAUUUAUCCAUAACGAAAAUCUUAGAUUACAUCAAAGAGUUCAUACUGGAGAAAGACCUUAUAGAUGUAAGGAAUGUGACAAGUCCUUUAUCACUUGCUCACAUCUUAGAAGACAUCAAAGACUUCAUACUGGAGAGAGACCUUAUAGUUGUCAGGAAUGUAACAAAUCUUUUACUAGAUGUGCAUAUCUUAGAGCACAUCAGAAAAUUCAUACUGGAAAGAAACUUUACAAAUGUAAAGACUGUGACAUAUCCUGUAUCAAUAUUACAAGCCUUAGAAGACAUCAGAGAGUUCACGCUGAGGAGAAACCUAACAAAUCUUUUGAAUCAGCAAAGUCCUUUACCCAGGACUCACAACUGAAAACACAUCAGAGUGUUCAUACUGAGGAGAAACCUUACAAAUGCAUGAAAUGUGACAAGUCUUAUACCAGUUGCGCACAUCUUAGAAGACAUCAGAGAGUUCAUACUGGAGAGAAACCUUACAGUUGUCAGGAAUGUGGCAAGUCCUUUACCACCUGUACAGAUCUUAGAAGACAUCAGAGGGUUCACACUGGAGAGAGACCUUACAGUUGUCAGGAAUGUAAUAAAUCUUUUAGUAGGUGCGAAAAUCUUCGAAGACAUCAGAAAAUUCAUACUGGAAAGAAACUGUACAAAUGCAAAGAUUGACACAUCCUAUAUACAUAUGAUAGGUCUUAGGAAACAUAGAAAAUUCAUACUGGAGAGAAACAUGCCAUUGUAAGUAAGGGGACAGCAAUUUCCAGUAUUCUCUACUUAUAAAUCACAGCAGUAUACACAAUAGAAACAGAAAUAUAAAAAAGUUGUGAAAGCUUUUAAUGAGGUGUAAAUCUUAGAAAAUAUCAAAGUUUAUUCCAAAAUAAAUUCUCCCAAUGUUA